AUGGAGGAGAAUCCAAACGAUGCUCGAUACAGUCUCACUGAUUCUGCCAAGAUGUUUUAUGUUAGGGAGAAUAAUCCAACAAGCCUUGUGCCAGUCGUCCUCAUGCUCACACACCCGGUGUUAAUGGCGCCAUGGCACCAUCUUCAUGAAUGUGUGCUUCAAGACGGCAAUGCAUUCGAGAAGGCUCAUGGAAAGGACUUGUGGGCAUACGAGAAGGACGACCCGGCUGUCAAUGACGUUUUCAACAAUUCCAUGUCCACGCUUACAGUUCUUGGCAUGGGGCAAAUCUUGAGCUACUACGACAGUUUUAAGGAGGUGAACACUUUGGUUGAUGUGGGCAGAGGAAAAGGAAUGACCUUGGUGCACAUUGUGAAGGCUUAUGCCAUCAGUUCCAGCCAGCCUUAG